AUGAAGCGCUCUAAGUGCCAGAACCGUGAGAAAGAUACAGGCAGGUUUAGGAGGGAUUUAGAGCCCUCACGUUCUUCUGAUAGGCCUAAAAAGAAGGCCGGAUGUGGGUCUAGGGAGCAUCAAGUUAAGGAUUGUCCUCAGAGGCUAACGCAGAUGCAAGCUACAGGUCAGGGUUUUGUUCAGCCAGUGAGAGGUGGUCAGCAGCCACCAAGAGGCCGUGAGCAGGUUAGAAGUGAAAAUGGUGUAGGUCGAGGUCGUGGAACAUUUGGUAGAGGUGUUGGCAACAGUGAGGCAAGACAACCAGUACUGGUCUAUGCUGCUCAUUGCCGUGAGGAUGAUGAUGCUCCAGAUGUUAUAAUUGACGACGGUGUUGAGUCCGCUAGGACAAUCAGUCAGGGUAGACAAGUUAUUCAGAGAUGUGGCCCUAGGGUUCAAGGAGUUAUAUUUCUAGCAGAUUUAAUGGAGCUACUGUUUGGUGAUUUUGACCUAAUCUUGGGGAUGGAUUGGUUGGUAAAACACCGUGCAAGUUUCGAUUGUGCUGCUAAGCGUAUGGUAUUAAAGACUACUGAGGAUGAGGAGGUGGUUGUGAUUGGGGAGCAAAGGAAUGUUCUGAUUAAUGUGAUCUCUGCUUUAAGGGUUGAAAAAUUGGUUCGCAAGGGUUGUGAGACGGUUCUAGCCUAUAUUAAUACAUCUAAUUUUGAGGGUCCUUCUGUUGGAGAUGUCAGAAAUGUUAAGGAUUUUUUCGAUGUAUUUCCUAAUGAGCUCUCUAGGUUACCUCCGAGCCACGAGGUCAAAUUUGGAAUUGAGCUCCUGCCAGGAAUGGCUCCAGUGUCUGUCGCCCCUUAUAAGAUGGCACUAAAAGACUUGGUGGAAUCAAAAGCUCAAAUCCAAGAACUAUUAGAUCGAGGGUUCAUUCGACCUAGUGUGUCUCCGUGGGGAGCACCAGUAUUGUUCGUAAAGAAAAAGGAUGGGACCAUGCAUGAUAUCUUGGUGUAUUCGAGAACUGAGGAUGAACAUGAUGCCCAUCCUCAAAUUAUUCUACAGAUUUUAAGGGAAAAGCAAUUGUACGCUAAGUUCAGUAAGUGUGAGCUCUGGUUGCGAGAAGUGACAUUUCUGGGUCACGUGGUGUCUUCUGCGGGGAUUAGGGUUGACCCUCGAAAAUUUGAAGCUGUACUAGAAUGGAAACCAUCUAAGACUGUAUCUAAGAUUCAAAGUUUUCUGGGUCUGGCAAGGUAUUACAGACGUUUUGUUGAGGGGUUUUCCUUGAUUGCUGCAUCUUUGACUAAGUUGCUGCAUAAAGGGGUACUGUUUAUCUGGACUGAUAAGUAG